AUGCUGCCCCUCGUCGCCAUUCUCCUCGCGGGAACUGGGGCGGCCCCGCUGCGCGCCGCGUCGCCGGCGCUGCGCGCCGCCGCCCGGCGCGACGUCGCCGCCUUCCUCGACGGCCAGCCGGCGGGCGCGAGCGUCGAGGCCCUCGUCGCGGCCUUCGCGGCCCGGCGCGCCGCGCGCGAGCCCGACCGCGCCGCCGGCGUCCACGCCCUGAAGCGCGCGCUCCUGAAGCGGCGCCUCUUCGACGUCCACGCCAUGGCCGACGCCGCGGACGCGUCGGUGCUCGACGGGGCCUGCGCGUGCCCUCUGACCGCCGACGAGUGCGCGGAGACGACGGUCUACAACAACACGCUGCUCCACCGCCCGAGCGACGGGAGCCCCAUGGAGCUCUACUACCGGGAGACCCAGCCCCUCGACGCCAUGCUCGCGGGGGACGCGCACUGCCAGGAGCUCCAGGGCUUCGAGGUCUGCGACGAUUCGCCGGACUGCGUGCCGUCGACGGCGUCGCUCAUCUACGACUGCGACGCCGCCGCGGCGACCAUGCUCGGCGUGGCCCAGGUGCGGAGCGCGGAGCUGGACAACGACGACGCCGAGGUCUACGCGGCGCUCGCCGACCGGACGGGCGGCGCGGUCACGGGCGACGACGACAUGUUCUACGGCCUGACCUCGCAGACCGUCUACGUCUACACGCUCCUCGAGCUCCAGGGCCAGGUCACGUGCUCCGACGGCUGCAACUUCUACGACGCCUGCAAAACGAGCUGCGGCGGCCUCGCGGCGGAGGGCGCGGACCAGAGUUUGGACCUCGACACGUCCUGCACGGGCGUGCUCGAGUACGUCACGCCGGCGCCGACGGCGCCGCCGUCGACGGCCGCGCCGUCGACGGCCGCGCCCUCGCCGCUCCCGGCGCCCGCGCCGACGCUCGCGCCGCUGCCCGCGCCGACGGCGCCGCCCGCGCCCGCGCCGACGGCGCCGCCCGCGCCCGCGCCGACGGCGACGGCCGCGCCCACGACGUCGACGCCCAGCGCGGCCCCGACGACGGCGACACCGACGACGGCGACGGCGGCGCCGACGACGGCGGCGCCGACGACGGCGACGGACGCGCCCACGGCGGGGUUCCCGACGCCGCGGCCGACGUGGGGCGAGCGGCGGCCGACGCCCGCGCCGCGGAAGCCGACGCCCGCGCCGACGAAGGACGACGACGACACGGACGCCGCGUCCGGCGGGAUCCUGGCGCUGAUCAUCAUCGCCGUCCUCGUCGUGCUCCUCGCGCUCCUCUACUACCUCAAGAAGCGGCGGGACGAGGCCGCGGCGGAGGCCGAGGCCCCGCCGCCGGAGCUCGAGGCGCCGCCGCCGCCCGUCGCCGUCGACGACGUCGAGGCCGACGCGGGCGCGCUCGUCGUCGCCUCGGAGCCGCCGGCGGACGCGCUCGUCCCCGCGACCGACGCGCCCGCGGCGAGCACGGCCAUCAAGACGAAGAUCAACGAGGCCGAGCUCUAG